UUAUGAUUGUUAUUUGUUAUUGACUAAACUCACUAAAAGAUUAUUAUAUCAUCUAUAUAUAAAUUAAUAUAAAUAUUUAUUGUUACUUUUUUAUUAAUAUUGAACUUAUAUUAUAACGAGUGAUUAUUUUAAAAUCUUUUUUUUUUUUUAUAAAAAAAUAAGUUUUUCCACUCAGCAAACUAAUGCUUAAAGACUCUUUGAUGUUUUCCAUCCGAAAAGCUAUAACAUAAAAACCAUGAGCAUCCAAGACCUAAGUAAAUCUAAUAUAAGCUAUGUGACGAACUGUCCCAGUGAAUACACUGGAAGAAUAAUUAAGUUAGCCCUCGCAUGCAUCCAACCCAAGCAGCAAGACCUCUUGAAGCCCCUGGAAAAACUAGCAUCAGAAACAAAAAUCUCCAAAGACCAACUCUAUGAAAUUUUAAGUUCCUAUACAGCUAUCAUAAGACAUUUUAUCCAUACAGAUCAAAGGGAUUUUGUUAGCAAUAUGGUAGAAAUAGGAUAUCCCUCUGAAUUUGUUGAGAGGUUACCAUUUUUAAAUAAUAAGGAGGAGCUUCUACAUACUUUUUUUGCUCCAUACAAAGCAUACUUCAUGAAUAUAAACAUCAUUAAGUGGAGAAUUGAUAUUAGUCUUUUAAAUAGCACACUUUUGAAUAAAUUAGCACCGAACAUCCUUAUUUCAAUACAACUGAAAAAUGGACAGUCCUACACAAUUGAGCUAAACCACAAAGCAUUCCAUAUAUUGAGGUUUAAUGUAGCUUUAGCCCUUAAGGAAAUGAAGAAUCUUAGUCAGAACACAGCGCUAGCCAAAUUUAUAAAUAAGUAAACUUUUAAAAAGUUUUUUUCUUAUACAAAAUAUACUUUAUUUAUAUAACAAUGUCUAAAAUACUUGAAACAAUAAUAAUAAAAACAUUUAACAGUUAA